AUGUCCGAGUACAGUCGGACAUAUGAAGGAUACAGACGCAGCAUGUCAGAGUACAGUCGGACAUAUGAAGGUCACAGACGCAGCAUGUCAGAGUACAGUCGGACAUAUGAAGGAUACAGACGCAGCAUGUCAGAGUACAGUCGGACAUAUGAAGGAUACAGACGCAGCAUGUCAGAGUACAGUCGGACACAUGAAGGUUACAGAUGCAGCAUGUCAGAGUACAGUCGGACAUAUGAAGGAUACAAACGCAGCAUGUCAGAGUACAGUCGGACAUAUGAAGGAUACAGACGCAGCAUGUCAGAGUACAGUCGGACACAUGAAGGUUAA